UCACGUGUCGUCCCCACCCUCCCUCACGCGCAGCUUGGCCCCGCCCUCAGGGCCGCGCGCCGAGUCGAUCGAUGCCAGGCGGCCGUGCCGAUCCCCGAGCGGCCGAGCGCAGCGGAAGCACAGAGAGCCCGGCAGGAAAUCACAAUGGCAGCUCCAAUGACUGAUGCUCACCGGCGGUUCCUGCAAGUCCUGAUGUCCCAUGGGAUCAUGGAAGGGUCUGAGGUCAGGACCUUACACAGGCGCUGCUGUGAGAUCCAUAAAGUCUACUAUGCGCAUGAUAAGCUGGAGGAUUUCAUCAGUACCAUCAACAGCCACCUGCAGCCUUUGUUUAUGCAGAUCCGGAAAGGAAUGUCAGAAAGCAAUGGGAAAACGCAUUACGCUUUAGUGAAUUUGGCAGAAACUGAAAUCACUAAAAUGGCAUCUGACUACACAGAAAACGAACUGGAAUUGUUCAGAAAAACAAUGGACCUAAUCAUUUUAUCAGAGAAUGGCUUUGCCUCCUCUACAGAUAUUUUAAACUUAGCCGACCAACUUAAGACAAAGAAAAUGAAGAAAAAGGAAGCGGAACAAGUGCUGAAAGUUUUUGUGGAGGACAAGUGGCUCUCUGAGAGAAACGGAGAAUACACUCUGCACACUCGCUGUAUCAUUGAGAUGGAACAAUACAUUCUCAGCAACUACCACGAUGUGGCAAGGAAGUGUAACAUCUGUCACAGCCUCGCCAUCCAGAGCCAAGUAUGUGAAUCCUGUGGAAUUGUAAUGCACUUACCCUGUGUCAGAAAGUACUUCAGAGCGCAGACAGAACCACGCUGUCCACAGUGUAAUGACUUCUGGUCUUGGGAAAUUCCAGCAAUGAGUCAGACAGACUCUCAGUCACCGUCAAAAACAGGGAGAGCAGAGAAGAGCAGCGUCCUCAGCACCAGACGCCAGUAAGUGGAGUAAAAGCUGCAUUCAGUGAACCCUCUCUUCCCCACUCUGGCAGAACAGU